UCCCCCGCGAUCUGACAGGCCCCACCGAGCCUUCGUCGUGUGCGGGCAGCUCGUGACGGUCAUCGACCUCGAUGCCGGGAAGGUUUUGGAGCACAAGAGGGAUCUCUGCUCACGAACCAUCACAGCAAUAGUGUACUGCUCCCAACUGGACUGUUUGAUCACUGCAUUUGAAGAGCUCUCCAUUAGAAUAUGGGGUCCAGAUUGGGAACUCCGUGUAGCUUUUGUAGGACACAAUGGUGUGGUGCACUCUCUGUUCUACUGCCCCACAUUGAGCUCGCUGUUCUCAGCUUCUGUGGAUUGUACGAUCCGUUGCUGGAACGUGGAAGAAAGUGAUGUGGUCGAGUGUGUCCACACAGAGCAGAAAAAGCCUCCGUUGUGCAUAGGAGGCACUAAAAAGGGAGAUUAUUUUUUCUCCUUCUCUCACCAGGGAGUUGACAUUUGGACCAUCAGAGCCUUGUACACCCUCCACUGUAAACUCAAAGGGGAUGAAGGAGCCCCACUGAGACAAAUCCUAGCUUCCCCCUUCCCCGCUCCUUAUCCAGACACGAGUCCUCUGUGUGAGCGGGGACAGCGAUAUCAUGCUUGUGGCUGCAGAAACAGGAGCGCUGUUGACUUCUUUCAAAGCAAAGCAGAGGAUUUUGUGUGCUGACUACUGCCUGCAAAAAGAGAUUCUGUUGGCUCUGACAGACACAGGUACGGUGCUCCAAGCCAACACACUCACUAAUCCGAUCACUUUGAUGCAAGAGUGGAAGGGGAGAGGCCAGGGGCCCUGGCAGCGGAAGGACCAUGUGACUGAGAACGAUGCCCAGAUUCUUCCGAUCCCCGGCCCGGCUUGCUGCCUGAUACUCUACAGCUAUGUGGCUGAAACACAACGAGCUUUAGAGGAGUGGAGGAGUUUGCAGGAGAGAAGAGGAUACAGUCACAGGAGUAAGGCAGCUCUUAAAGAUGACAAGAAUAAGUUUUUGGUCAUUCUCGGCCACGUUGGAGGCUGUGUGAGUGUUCUGAAAGCUGAUAAUGGGACGGUCUUCCACAGGACGCGGGCACACAAUGGCCAGAGAGUCACCGCAAUGCAGGUGUACCCUGAGAACAGUUACCUCCUCACCACAGGUGAGGACAUGACAGUGGUGGUGUGGAGAGUAAACCCCUACCUCCAGGAGUGUCUCAGCCAACAGCUGAGCCUGCACUGUGGCCAGCCUCAAGUCUACCUGGCAGCCCUGGGCACCCAGCUGGCCCUGACCUUCCAGGAGCCCAACAGUUACACCCACAACCUGAUGCACUUUAACCUACUCAACCAGAGGCAGACUGACUACCCACCGAACGAAGGACAUUCAGACGACUUCACUGGACUGUGUGUGUGUCCUAAUCUGGAGGUGUUUGUCUCCAGCAGUCUAGAUGGGACAGUGUGUAUCUGGAAUAUGGAGAAUCACCUCAUGAGGACACUGCAGCUGAAUGCAGUGCCUGAGUGUCUGGCUCACAGUGGGUUUGGAGGGGAACUGUUUCUUGGCAUUAGAGGGGAUCUGUACAGGAUGAAUUGUGCAAAGUUCCUGCCACAUCAACUAAUGCUUCUUUCCACUUAUUGUGCCGAGCGCCUUCCUGACACGCCUGUCAUCGAGAAUAAACAAAAGAAUGCAAACACAGACAAAGAUGAGGAAGAGGAAUCGCCAACAAUCGGCAAGAACUUGAACACGGACCUAGCUGCACUCCUCCAAGGCUCAGUAAAAUGCCUCAAAGAGAAGCCCCCCAGCACAAAGGAAACCAAGAAAGAGGCAUUUGCUCGCUACAUGGAGAUAAUAUAUGGGCUGCCCCUUAAUAUCAAGAUUGAUUUGGAGGACACCAUUGAACCAGAUACAUUUGAGAUAAGCUCAUUUGAUCCUGAACCUUAUCACCACAAGCACCGGAAGCCUUCUAACUUAAAAGAGGACGUCCGCCCUGAACCUACGAUAGAGAUUCCUGUGAAUGUGGUGAAAAAUAAGAAGACAAAGGCUCCGGCAACAAUCUCUAAACCAACGAAGACCCUGAUAAAAGUCCAGCCACCACCUGUCCUACCUAAACCAGUCAUAGAGGAAGUAGAGCCAGAGAUCAUUUCUACGAAAGAGCAACCCAAACCCCAAACACUUCCUCCUCCUCCUACACCUCGUCCAAGGAACCCAACACCACCCCCACCACGGGAACCCAUCCCGGACGUGCCCACGUUCCUCAAACAGUUCGCAGAGGCAGGCUGGUUUGAAGACCUGUAUCCUAAUAAAAAGUGUAUCACAAGCACCAUGUCUCCAGAGGACUUCUCCUGGCAGCUGCUGGGCCGUCUGGACACCUGCAGCGCUCCGUCAAAGCUGAAGAUCUUUACUGCACUGCAGGCGCUGGGCAGCCAGGGAGUCUUACAGAAUGCAGACAAGCUUUACCAAGGCCUCAUCGACCGGGUGCCCACAUUUGUGAGACCUCACAUGUCACUUGAGCAACGAGCCGCUCUUGUUGAAAUGUUGAAUCAGCUGGUGCGUCUCAAGUCUGCCAGCUACAAGCUUGUGAAAAAGCUUCUCACACUUCUAGCUUUUAAACAACUAGGUCUCCGACAAACAGUGCUGCACAUUCUGACUGCAUUAGCUGUGAAUGAGGCUGAGCCGUGGUUGUUGCCGGAGCUGGAGAGCUGGGACUCGGAGCUGCGGGACCAGCCGGACAUCUGGAAGAACCUCCACGACAGAGCAGAGUCUUGGCUUCAGUUAUGGAUUUCCAAAUACAAAGAACAUGACAUGCAUCUAUACCUCAGGAGUACAGCAAAGUGGAAGCCGACAACCUUCAGCAUGGUGGAUGUGCUGAAUUAUUUCUGCUCUGUGCAAAAGGAGGAGUACAGAAAGGCCCGAUGUGUUGCACCUGCUGAUGGCAGAAACACUGUUCUUAUGCCUCUCUGUGAUUGUAGUUCUCGACCAAUCCUUCGUCUAGGAGAGACUUACAGCAUGGCCAGGACAUGGAGGCCACCAGGUGUAAUUCUGCCUCCCCUGAGAAACCGUCCCUUCCUCAUGCAGUUUCCCAAUUUCAUCUCGUUGCCGUUACCUCGGGUCACUCUUUGCCCCUUUCGCGUGUGCUCAGAGGAGGACUGGCUGAAGGCCUCAACUCGCCGCUACUUCAUUCAACAGCAGUCGUACGUAGAGUACUACAGAUGAUUCCUCUUGGUGUGCAACACUCCAAUUAACAUUAACCUUUUUACAAU